AUGGUGCACACUGGGGAGGAGGGGUGGUCUGCUAUCGAAACGAAGUGCUUCCUUCCAUCCAGCGGCAUCGCGUGGGCGAUCAUGCUCUUACUGACGGUCGUGCCGAACGGUGUUGUGUUUAUGGCGCCGCCGUGCAGCGACUGGACGUGGCUGAACUCCUACACAAGUGGCAGGUACUUGUCUGAGUUCGGACACGUGGGUCACCCAGGCGUGAAGGCGUCGAACACGGUUGCUACUGCUGUGUCUAUGUUGAUGUGGAUGUGUCACAUGCGUGGCUUAUACUACAUGGUUGAGCAACCGAAGGACAGUUCUAUGUUUAAAUUUCCAGCUAUGGCCUCGAUGAUUGAGAUGACGAAUGGAUCGAAGCUGCUCACCUACCAAGGCCCGUUCGGGGCCGCAAUCCCGAAGCCCACAGUCCUGCUGCACAAUAUGGGUGACGAGCUGACGGCGUCUUUGGUGAAACCGUCGCCGCCGAGGGGCUCGAUGAAGGCGAACGUGUGUUGGACAUCGAACGCUGGGGUCUUCAAAGGCACGUCCGACCUGAAGGCCACAGAGCACUACCCCACCUCGUUCGCCCAGGAGCUCGCGAACGUGGCCGCGCGGGCCGUCGGCCUGGUGUAG